AUGUUGAGCACAGUGUUGGAAUAUAUAGAUGAUAUUAGAGAACAGCUAAGUCCCCUGGUGGCGAGAGCUGAGGACGAGGACGCUGAAGCCGAAGAGGAUGAAGAAGAAGACGAGGAUGAGGAUGAUGAGGAUGAGGAAGAAGAAGCAGGUGACCAACUGGACAAGAUAAGGGCUCAAUGUGCAGAGACUCCAGAGGGUGAGGAAUUGAAGCAUCAUUAUUUGGAGUGUGCGGAAAGAGUAGAAAAGGCUAAGGGGGAGCCAGGGUACGAAGAUCUGGACUACAAGGAGGAUUGCAUUGAAGAAUUUUUCCAUUUGCAACACUAUCUAGACAGCUGUGCCUCGCCAAGGCUGUUCAGUAAUUUGAAAUGA